AUGACCAUUAGAAAAUACACACAGGAUGCCGAAAAACAGUGCUUAGUCACAUGGGUAAGAUUGUUUUCAUCAAGGAGGUUCACUAAGGAACCGCCAAACCACAUCACAAAAUCAGGUAAACUCCCCGAAGCUGAGCGGCAACUACGACUCUUCGCUUCAUGGAACGCUCGACUGAACGAGAGGCGAAAACAUGAAUCAAAUGCAAAGAACAAGUGUGAUGUGAUUGAGGAUCGCAAUGGCAUGUUGUUAAAAGCGCCAUUUGUGGUUGGGAAUUGUCUUAACAAUAGUUCAUCAGAUGGGGAUCAGGUGAUGCAUAAGGAAAGUCUUAAGCAGGAUACACAACCAAAAGUAGAAGACAAAAAGACAAGUUUUGGCAAGAAAUUUCCUCAGAAGAGAUAUAUCAACAUUCAUAUGAGAGUUCACACAAAAGAGAAGCCUUUCAGCUGUGAGAUUUGCAGCAAGGUCUUCUCUGUGAAAGGCCAUCUAGCAAGGCACAUGCCAUCUAGCAAGGCACAUGAGAGUACAUACAAAGAAGCCAUGCAACUAGGAAAUUUUCAACAAGGCUUCUCUACGAAGAAAUAUUCUAGUUACACAUACGAGAGUCCAUGCGAAAGGAGAAGCCAUAAAGCUGUGUGA